CAGCAUGAGAAUGCUUGGUUGGAGUAGCCAUACCCGCUGGAGGACUGGUAUCAUUCACAGCCUCCUCCUCUAAUGGGAUCUCUUCUGUUUGGCAAUCCUCUGGAACACCGCUAUUGGUAUCAGGGAAUUGAGGUCCUGAUCUGAAUCGGCCACAGAUUUUGCCUCUUCCUCUGCCUCCUCCCUUAUGUCUUCUGCAGUGACAGUUCCCCUUUAUAUCUAUUGGCAAGGCCUCUAAUCGUCAGGCAUGAAACGAUGGCUUGAUAUUUCCAUGUAUCGUACCUCAGUGUGCCGGUGCCGACGCAAGAUGCUACAAAGUCUGGCACCCAUCUUGAUGCUCCUGUAUGAGGAAAAAAAAGUUUCAGGUAACAGCCAGGGGAAAAAGAGUAAAAAGAAGCAGAGGAGGCAGAGGAAGGCUGCAGAGAGAGACGUGCCAGGACUUCCGGAACCUCGGAGUCCCAGUUUAGACAGCCAGCCUGGCCUCCCAGAGCAUGGCCUGCAGGACGUGCCUUUGUCUCCCGGACCCCCUCCAACCCCACCCACCCCUGUGCUGCCUCCACCGGGACCAUUGGGCUCUGACAAUGAAGAACAGGAAGACCCUGGAGAUUACUGCCGAGGGGGUUAUUACCCAGUGAAAAUUGGUGACCUCUUCAAUGGAAGGUACCAUGUAGUCCGGAAACUUGGCUGGGGCCACUUCUCCACUGUCUGGCUCUGCUGGGACUUACAGAGGAAGCGGUUUGUAGCACUAAAGGUGGUGAAAAGUGCAGUGCACUAUACAGAGACAGCUUUGGAUGAGAUUAAACUGCUUAAAUGUGUCAGGGACAGUGACCCAAGUGAUAGCAAACGUGAGAUGAUUGUGCAGCUUAUCGAUGACUUCAAGAUCUCUGGAGUGAAUGGAGUUCACAUCUGCAUGGUUUUAGAAGUGCUGGGACAUCAAUUGCUUAAGUGGAUCAUUAAAUCUAAUUAUGAGGGUGUACCGCUCCCAUGUGUUAAGAGCAUCUUGCGGCAGGUAUUACAGGGCCUGGAUUAUCUGCACACCAAAUGUAAAAUCAUCCACACGGACAUCAAGCCAGAAAACAUUCUGAUGUGUGUGGAAGAAGGAUACAUCAGGCGACUAGCGGCAGAAGCAACCAUUUGGCAGCAGUCUGGAAUGCCUCCUCCAUCUGGGUCUGCUGUCAGCUCUGCACCCCCCUCACACCAGAACCUGAAUGGAAAAGUCUCAAAGAACAAGAAGAAGAAGUUAAAACGGCAACAGAAGCGCCAGCAAAAGCUGCUGGAAGAGCGGCUGAGGGACAUUCACAACAUGGAUGAGCUGGGAGUAGGAGACUAUAGCCCCAAUAUGUCCAUGCAACACCAGGAGCAGCAUUGGGGGCAAGAGUCGAAUCAAGAAACAGCAGUCAAGAGCGAGAGCACAUCCCAGCUCAUAUCUAACUGCAUCUCAUCUACCAAGGGAGACCAAGAGUGUGCUGAUUCUUCCCUGGGAAGCGGAGGGACCACCUGCCUUGCCCAGAGCCCCCAAUCUACUGGGUUGUAUGGGAGCUGCAAUGGGUACAGCAGUGGUACCCGUGCCACCAGUCCUGACACUUACACUUCGGGUUUUUCCAGCUCAGCCUUGUCUGCUACAUCAGGCUCUGCAAUAUCUGGCUACUCUGGGGUCAGAGAGAGAGGAGGGACCCUGUCUCCAAGCUUGUCGUUCAGGGCUUCAGAUUUCCUAGUGAACCCUUUGGAUCCACAAAAUGCUGACAAAAUUGAGAUCAAGAUUGCAGACUUAGGAAAUGCCUGCUGGGUGCACAAGCAUUUCACUGAAGACAUUCAGACGAGGCAGUACCGAGCGCUGGAGGUUCUGAUUGGAGCUAGCUAUGGAACCCCAGCUGAUAUCUGGAGUACAGCUUGCAUGGCUUUUGAGCUGGCAACUGGCGAUUAUCUGUUUGAGCCGCACUCAGGGGAAGAUUAUACACGUGAUGAAGAUCACAUUGCACAUAUCAUAGAGCUUCUUGGGGAUAUCCCUCCACAUUUUGCACUGUCAGGACGCUACUCCAGGGAGUACUUCACAAGGAGAGGAGAUCUCCGACAUAUACAGAAUCUAAAGCACUGGGGCCUGUUUGAAGUUUUGGUGGAGAAAUAUGAAUGGUCACUGGAGGAAGCCACACAAUUCACAGACUUCCUGCUGCCUAUGUUGGAAUGCCUUCCCGAGAAGAGGGCCACAGCCGCACAGUGCCUGCAGCACCCAUGGCUGAACUCCUAACCUUCCCUGUGCCUGGCCACUCAGUGCGAGUCUUGGCACAACUGGGUCCAAAUGGGCAUCAGAUUCUACCAGAGGGACACCUGGUGUUGUGACUAACACAUCAUCGUUUGGGGAGGAAAGGUCAUAUAAACCCUGUGGAUUGUGCGACCUUAACGUCUCUUUUCAUCUACCCUAUACGAGUUGCAAAAAAAAUGAAAAAAACAGAUGAACCAAAUAGCUGACUGACAUUGGACUGCUGUAAACUAGACCUUUUCCUCCCCACUACUGCAUUUAUUGUGAAAAAUAUAAAAAAAAAGAGCAUUUUUCUGGGAAAUUACAGGAAACUACCUGCCAGAUCUGUUGCAACAAGUUUUUGUAUGUAAAGUCCAACCUACGCAGUGGUGGCUGACUGCCAAUAUGUUGCUCUAGAGUAAAAAGAAGAAUCUGUGGGAUUCUUUGGUACAAAAGGAAAAUCAAUGUGAUAUCUAUGUGUAAGGUUAGGAAAGACUGGUCCCAGUUUAAAGUCAGGCCCCAGACCACACAGGCUUUCUGUUUAGUUGCACCCUUUUGUUUUUAAGUUUCUUUACAAGUCACAUACUCGGCAAAGCAAGAUCUUUUUAUUCGUAUAUCAGAGAAUGGUGGUGGGAAAGGCAGAUUGUACUGGAAAGUGUAUUUAAGCGAUGGAAGGAGUUGUGCCGUGCUCACUACUACGUAACACUAACAAACGGAAUAGCACAAAUCAUUUGAACAAUGGCAGUCUGACAUCACUAACCUGAUCAAUGACUGUUUUUGGUAGAAAUUCUAUUUCUACAUGGCAAAUAAUUUACUAGUAGGUGUAGUAGAGUAAUAGCAAACC